AUGACGGUCCUCCUCAGCAUUAAGGACCACGUUCAGGACGCGGUCAAGCACGGACUCAAGAAUGUCAACGGCAGCAAGGAGGUCGUCCAGCACAUCCAGGCCAUCAUUCAGAACAAGGGCAUCUCGCUUAACGAUAGCGUGAGCGUGGUCAACGACAUCCAGUCGGCGCUCCAGCAGGUGCUCGGGUCGCUCGACCCGGCGCCGCGCGUCUGCUUGCGCGAAGGUGUCGGCCGUGGCGUUGGUUCGUUCGUGUUCAACCAGUGCCAGGAAGGCGAGGAGGCCUACGGUGCGCUCUGCUACCCGAAAUGCAAGGACGGCUACGAGAAGGUCGGCUGCUGCAUCUGCCGCAAGAAGGGCUGUAGCGGCGCGGAAGGCGUCACCGACAUUGGUAUGUCGUGCACCAAGCCCAAGGCGUACGGUCGCGGCUCGGGCUACGCGCUCUGGAACGAAGACAAAUGUUCGGCCGAGAACCCGCAGGGCUGCGAGAAGAACGGCCUCAUGUGGUACCCCAAGUGUCAAAAGGGCUAUCAUGCGUUCGGCUGCUGCAUCUGCACCCCGGACUGCCCCGCGGGCACCCACGACGACGGUGCGUUCUGCCGCAAGGACCACUACGGUCGCGGUGCUGGCGCCUCGCGUCUUGGUUGCCAAGCGGGUCAAGAAAAGAGCGGCUUGAUGUGCUACCCGCCGUGCGCCGACAAGUACAAGGGCAAGGGCCCCAUGUGCUGGCCAAAGUGCGGUGGCGCGACGCCGUUUGGCUGUGGUCUCUUUUGCACGUCGUCGGCGGCCACGUGCGCGUCGAGCGCUGUCGACAUCAUUGGCGGUAUUGCCAAGAUCGCACUCAGCGCUGUCAACAAGGACUCGCAGGGCGCGAUCUCGAACGGCGUCCAGACAGGCUCCAAGAUCGUCGUCAUGGAGCACUGCAAGCUCGACCAGAUGCAGUAA